GACUAUAAGAUAAUAUUCAACACUGACAACCACGUGUUUUGUUAACAACAAGUUGAACAACAAAAUGAGUGGGAACACGGUCACUUUUGAGGGUUGUAAUUACUUCAGACAACGAUUAAUUUUGUCAACACUUAGUGGGAAAACAGUGAGGAUUAAAAAAAUUAGAUCAAAGGAUGAUGAUCCAGGGUUAAAAGAUUUUGAAGCAAGUUUUAUUCGGUUACUAGACAAGUUGACAAAUGGCUCCAACAUUGUUGUAAAUGAAACAGGUACAAGUAUUUUAUACCAACCUGGACUAUUGGUGGGAGGUAAAAUUGAGCAUGAUUGUAACAUACAGCGAAGCAUUGGUUAUUACCUGGAGAGUCUGAUAUGCUUAGCUCCUUUCACGAAAAAACCAAUUCAUGCAGUAUUAAAAGGAGUCACCAAUGACCAAAUUGAUCCAUCAGUUGACAUGAUUAAAUUGUCAACAUUUCCAGUACUGAAAAGAUUCCUUGGCACUGACGAAGGCUUAGAACUAAAGAUAAUAAGAAGGGGAGCUGCACCUGAGGGGGGUGGAGAGGUGACCUUCAGCUGUCCAUGUCGACAGAAACUACGACCUUUACAAUUCAUUGACCCAGGGAAAAUCAAAAGAAUAAGAGGCAUGGCAUGGGCUGUGAGAGUGGCACCGGUUGUGACUAACAGAUUAGUGGAUUCUGCUAGGAGUAUAUUGAAUAAGUUUAUACCAGACAUCUACAUAUAUACCGACCAUUACAAAGGAAGUCAGUCAGGAAAAUCCCCUGGCUUUGGACUGACUCUGGUGGCAGAGACAAUGAAUGGAGCAUUCUUAUGUGCUGAAUCUUCAUCAAAUCCAAAAGGAUCUGACAAGGGGCCAUCAGUACCAGAGGAUAUGGGGAAAGAUGCUGCCAAAUUACUGCUGGAGGAAAUAUAUAAGGGAGGUUGCGUAGAUUCCAUCAAUCAGAGUAUGACAGCAUUAUUUAUGGUACUGGGUCAACAAGACGUCUCCAAAGUUCAGACUGGACCACUGACAUCUUACACGAUACAGUUUCUGAGGCACAUCUACGAUUUUUUUGAAGUGAUCUUUAAGGUUGAACCCCAACAGGUUCCUGAGGAAGAUGAGGAAUUGAGAACAGGAGGUGAAAAACUUGUAAUGACUUGUGUGGGAGUGGGCUACUCAAAUGUCAGCAAAGCUGUUAGUUGAUUUGUGCAAUAAAUUGUUAUUUAGUUUGA